GGAGGAAUCAUUUGUUCAACAGUUUUCAUUACAAGUUGUAGAUGCUUAUAAAAGGCAGGAUAGCAGUAGCUUUUCUCUUCUUUUUUCCAUUAGAAAUGCCCUUGAAGCUUGGCAAAAUGAGCAAUUUAGCCUUGGAAGCGAACCAAGUUUAGGAAGUGUAGUGAACAACAUGAGCAUGGAACAAAUAGAGGAAGCAGUGAACUCAGUCUUGGAAGACACAUCCUAUUCUCUUGCAGAAACAACAGUCAAUUAUCUGGCAGCUAUACAGAGUUUUUCAUGUUGUGAUGGGCGACUGUAUUUUGAUGCUUUAUCUGAAUUCUAUAGUUCAUUAGCAUCGCUAUUUAGUGGACAGGAUACAGUUUUUAUGGUUCCAUUGAUUGUCGAACUAUCAGACUAUAUGGUCUAUUUAGCGUUUGAUGUUGACAUGCAUUAUCAUUUUAAAAGCAAAGCAAAAAAGGCAAAUGUUAUUGCUCGGCUAUUAACGAGAGUGUUCAAUAUUAUGCUUGCAGAUCGUUCACCUAUUGGAUUAUCCAAGAGACAAGGCAUCUUUCGUGUUACAAAUAUGGCAUUCAAAGUGUACUUUAAACUAAACACAACAAGACUAUGUCAGACAUUUAUGAGCAACAUUGAAACGGGCGGUGUCGAUCUAAGUCUCUAUCCGAUUUCGGAUCAAGUCACCUAUAAAUAUUACCUAGGUAGAUAUGCUCUAUAUGAUAUUCGAUUACAACAGGCAUACGACCAUCUACAAUUUGCAUUUGAACACUGUGGCAAGGAUCAUUGGCAUAACAAAAGAGUGAUACUACAUUAUCUAAUACCUGCGGGCAUCAUGCUGGGAUAUUUUCCUAAAAAAGAAUAUCUUAUCAAGUAUAAUUUACACAAUCAAUACUGGCCUCUGAUACAAGCACUCAAAAAAGGGGAUAUAGCUAGCUACUUGCACCAUUUGUAUGUUUAUAUUGAUUACUUUAAAGGAAAAUAUAAUGUUUUAUUACUAAGAGACAGAGGCAUUGUCUUGGCAUGGCGUUGCUUAGUUAGAAGACUGUACACUAUAAGAAAGAGUAUUCAAGCUACUCCCUUCUUGACAUUUAAUGAGUGUGUGAAGGCAUUUAAUUUUGCAGAACGAACGAAUAGAUUCACAAUAUCAGAGAUUGAAUGUAUGCUUGUAUCACUUGUCAGUCAGGGAUAUAUUCGUGGUUAUUUACAUCAUCAAAAGCAGAGACUUGUCUUGAGCAAAGUGAAUCCUUUUCCACCGAUAAGCAAGGUCCGAUUGUAUCGUGAAAAGUAUAAUGAAUCAUUAAUGACAGAAUAUAUGGAGAAAGAGUAUCCACCUAUACCCGAAGAGAUUCAAAUGCUAAUAGAAGAACGAUGAAAUGAUAUAAUAGCCAUGGCAUAAUAAAAAUAUACUAUUUUAAAUAUGAACCAUCACUAAAGA